CCUCGUCUGCCCAUCGAACCAUGGGACACCAAAACAACGGAACACCUUACUCUCCCUGAAAUCCCUCCAUUUCAAUCCAUCUCUCCCACUUCUCGCCACUGCACAUCUUCACCAGGUCGCCGCGUCUUUCACGCUAAAGGUUCCUUCCUUUUCCUUUCUUUAAACUUCAAUAUGAAUAUCGUCUCGCUUUCUGUCUGCCGACACGUACCGCCCUCGGUCAAUUUCCAGAGAGGACUCGCCAUGGAGCCUUUCUUUCACCACCCGCGUAAAGACAAGGCCGUCGUCAUACUCGGCGCCACCGGCACUGGCAAGUCCAGGCUGGCCAUCGACCUCGCCUCCUGCUUCCCUCCGGCCGAGAUCGUCAACUCCGACAAAAUGCAAGUCUACCGGGGCCUCGACAUCACCACCAACAAGGUCAGCGAAGAAGAAUGUCGCGGCGUCCCGCACCACCUCCUCGGAAUCGCCGAUCCCGAUUCAAAUUUCACCGCCAAGGACUUCACCCGCCACGCCUCCUCCGCCAUUGAUUCCAUCGUCCGCCGAGAUUGCCUCCCCAUCAUCGCCGGCGGCUCUAAUUCCUAUAUUGAAGCCCUCGUCGAGGACGACUCUGCGUUUCGGUUGAAGUACGAGUGCUGCUUUCUCUGGGUGGACGUCUCUCUGCCCGUCCUCGAUCCAUUCCUCUCGAGGCGGGUCGACCGGAUGAUCGAAGCGGGUCAGGUCGAUGAGGUCCGUCAGUUUUUCGACCCGGCAGGAGACUACACGGCCGGAAUCAGAAGAGCCAUUGGACUGCCUGAGUUUGAUGAAUUUCUCAGAACAGAGGCCACGGUCGAUGAAGGGACCAAGAGGAGGUCACUAGACGCUGCCAUUGCGAAGAUUAAAUCCAACAAUUGCUCGCUGGCUCGUCGCCAGCUUCAGAAGAUUCAUCGGCUUUACAACAUGUGGAAGCGAAAUAUGUACCGCCUCGACGCCACCGAGGCGUUCAAAAAAUUCGGGGACGAGGCAGAGGAACUAUGGGAGACUAGCGUGCUUGCCAGGAGCCAGAGGAUUGUACACAAGUUCCUCUACGACGACAGUCCGGUGGUUCCGACAGCCUCAGUAAUGUCCUCGGUGCCACCGUAUCAGCAGCCGAAGCAGGUGGCGAUGGCUACUGCCUGUCAUUAGAGACAGAGCAUGGCAGAGCAUCUAGAAUCGUCAUCAGUGAGAUUGAGGCACCUCGUAAUACUCCGUCUUAGAUUAUAAAAUAUUUUUACAUAUCAAUAAAAUUUAUUAAAUAUAAUUUAUAAUUUUAUUUUUUAAAAAUAAAAAUAUAAACUUUUAAAAAUAUUUUUCAUUUAAUAAUUCAUUAAAAAAAUAAUAUUAAAAAGAAAUAAUAUAUAAGAAGAAUAAUAUUAAAAAAAGUAUCAUUAUUAAAAUAUUUAAAGUGUCUUAUAUUUUAAAAUAUUAAAUCUUUUUUAAAAGUGUUUUAUAAUUUGGGACUGAAAAAAUAUUUAUUAUACAAGUACAUAAGGCAUUCUGAAAUUUAAUUUUCCUUUUUUUAUUUUAUUCUAGGGUGCAAAUUUAUCUGCAUUGAUGCACCAGACAGAAGAAGAAGAGCUCUUAAGGUUCUCUUAUUUUGGUGGAGACUCAUCAACGCACCAACGAAAUUCGUUGGAAAGUGGGUUUCGUUGCCAUCGAGAAUCCUCCUUCGUUGUCUCUACUUCAGAAGAAGUUCAUCAAUUAGCUUGUUGCUAGCAUUUUCUUCUUUUGUUGGUGACUUUUCUCUUGUACAUUAGUGGUGCAGAUAGAAUAUAAAUUUCCGCCACAGAAUUUAGUUUUCUUUUCGCGUCAGUUAAUAGACUUAUAGUAAAAGUUUUCUUACCUUUUGUAAAAUGAUCGACAGCUAAUACUAAGGAAAGAGUUGUAUUUUUAUA